CGCACCCGAUGCCGGCGUCUACUUACUUGGGCCGCGUGCAGUAGCGUUUGGAGCCCCCAUUCCCCACGCCAGGGGCCCUAACGGCCCCACUGGUCAAAACCCCGAAAACAAAGGGAUGUGCAAUAUCUAGUAUUGUUGGAUCUGUAAUAAGUGAUGGAAGAAAGGUAUUUUUAAGAUCCACGUGUAUUACUUUUGUAUAGUUGUCAUACAUUUAAUACAAUGUCUAUACCGAAUUUAGCAAGUUUUGAGAAAAGAGCAGCCUUAGCGGAAGAGGAAAUAGCUUUUUUGAAAAAAGCAAUCGAGUUUCUACAACAAAAUAUUACAACUAAUAACUCUAAAAUACAUGGUGUAUCCAAAGAUGAAUACAUAAAGCUGGAGCAAGAAAAUGUAAAAUUAAAACACAGAAUUGCCAUCCUAAUAAGGACUGUUGAAGCUGAAAGGACAAAAGCACAAUACCAGGUGAUGACAAUGGCUGAAAAUAAAGUAAUCAGUAUAUGUGAUACAUUGUUUGUAUUGUUUAAAAAUGCAAUUACUGCUGCAUAUCCAGAUGUUACUGAUCCUCCAGUAGUGAUAACAUCUAGUAAUAAUGUAAAAUUUGGAGAUUACCAAUGUAAUAGUGCUUUGCCUCUUAGCAAACAACUCAGUAGUACUGGAAUUGAAACAAAACCUAUGGAAGUUGCUAACAAUAUUGUAUCAAAAGUAGAAGAAUCAUUCUUAGUAUCUAAAUUAGAAGUUGCUGGUGCAGGUUUCAUAAAUAUAUAUUUGAAAAAAGAAUUUGCACAAAAGACUUUGAAUAAUUUAAUAAAAAAUGGGAAAGCAUUCCCACCAUAUACAAAGAAACAAAGAGUUAUAGUAGACUUUUCUAGUCCCAAUAUUGCUAAAGAAAUGCAUGUUGGACAUCUAAGAUCUACUAUAAUUGGUGAGAGUAUUGCAAGACUGUUAGAGUUUUUAGGACAUGAUGUGUUAAGAAUAAAUCAUGUUGGUGACUGGGGCACCCAAUUUGGAAUGUUAAUAGCUCAUCUUCAAGACAGAUUUCCUGACUAUUUAACAGUAUCACCACCUAUUACGGAUCUUCAAAGCUUUUAUAAAGAGUCGAAGAAAAGAUUCGACGAAGAUGAAGAGUUUAAAAAACGCGCUUAUAACUGUGUUGUGAAAUUACAAGCAUUUGAUCCGGAAAUGAUAAAAGCAUGGCAGUUGAUCUGUGAUGUCUCUAGAAAAGAAUUUGAAAAGGUGUAUGUUCGUUUGGACGUAAGUUUGAUAGAAAGAGGAGAAUCUUUUUAUCAGAAACGUAUGGAAAGUAUAGUCAAAGAAUUAGAAUCGAAGGGACUAUUAGAAGAAGACGAAGGGCGGAAAGUAAUGUGGGGUAAACGCGACGAAAUACCUUUGACUAUCAUAAAAUCUGAUGGUGGAUUUACAUAUGAUACAUCAGAUAUGGCGGCUAUUAAACAACGUUUGGAAGAAGAAAAAGCUGACUGGAUAAUAUAUGUAACAGAUGCUGGACAGUCUAUGCAUUUUCAAGUUUUAAAAAGUUGUGCAGAACGAGCAGGAAUUUUAAAAAGAUGGCACAGAGUGGACCAUGUUGGAUUUGGCGUGGUCCUUGGUAAAGAUAAAAAGAAAUUUAAGACCAGAUCUGGUGAUACAGUAAAAUUAACUGAUCUGUUAGAUGAAGGUUUGAAGAGAGCACUUCAGAAAUUAAAAGAGAAAGAACGUGACAAGGUACUGACGGAAGAGGAAUUGAAAACUGCUCAGGAAUCUAUCGCUUAUGGAUGUAUAAAAUAUGCAGAUUUAUCACACAAUAGAAAUCACGAAUAUGUAUUUUCUUUUGAUAAAAUGCUCGAAGAUAAAGGCAAUACAGCAGUAUACUUGUUAUAUGCUUUAACAAGGAUACGCUCUAUUGCAAGAGCAGCUGAUAUCACGCAAGAAAAAUUACAAGAAAUGGCAGAGAGUACUGAAAUUUCAUUAGACCACGAAAAAGAAUGGAAAUUGGCGAAAGUAUUAAUUAAGUUUCCCGAUAUAUUAAUUAAAAUUACAAAAGAUUUGUACCUACAUCAAUUAUGCGAGUACUGUUACGAAAUAUCAUGCGCGUUUACAGAAUUUUAUGAUAACUGUUAUUGUGUUGAAAAGAACGAACUAGGAGAAAUAAUAAAGAUAAAUGUAGGACGUAUAUUAUUGACAGAAGCCACUGCAAUUAUAAUGGAAACGUGUUUUUCCAUACUGGGUUUGAAACCAGUCGCGCGUAUGUAAGAAUACUUAUGUAAACGCACUAUAUAAUAUAAUAAAACUUUAUAAAGAA